UCGUGGCGGUGCCAGCCGCGGGACCGUUAUCUCGGGAAGAUGCCGGUCGUGUCGAGAGGAGACGGGAUGCGGGGUCUUGCUGUUUUCAUCUCGGACAUCAGAAACUGCAAAAGCAAAGAAGCGGAAAUAAAACGAAUUAACAAAGAAUUGGCAAACAUCCGGUCCAAGUUUAAAGGUGACAAAACAUUGGAUGGCUACAGCAAGAAAAAAUAUAUCUGCAAACUUCUGUUCAUCUUCCUCCUUGGCCAUGACAUUGAUUUUGGUCACAUGGAGGCAGUUAACCUGCUCAGUUCGAAUAAAUAUACAGAGAAGCAAAUUGGCUACCUUUUUAUCUCGGUCUUAGUGAAUUCAAACAGUGAGUUGAUGCAUUUAAUAAACAAUGCUCUCAGGAAUGACCUGGCCAGCCGUAACCCUACCUUCAUGGGCCUGGCCCUACACUGCAUCGCAAAUGUUGGAAGCAGGGAGAUGGCAGAAGCUUUUGCUAGUGAAAUUCCUAAAAUUCUGGUUGCUGGGGAUACUAUGGACUGUGCAAAACAGAGUGCUGCUCUGUGUCUACUGCGGUUGUACAGGACAUCUCCAGAUGUGAUGCCAAUGGGAGAAUGGACGUCACGAGUCAUUCACCUUCUGAAUGACCAACACUUGGGCGUUGUAACUGCAGCUACAAGUCUGAUCACUGUACUCGCACAGAAAAACCCUGAAGAGUUUCAAACUUCUGUGCUCUUGGCGAUUUCAAGGUUGAGCCGGCUUGUAUCAUCUGCUUCAGCUGAUCUCCAGGAUUACACUUACUACUUUGUGCCAGCUCCUUGGCUUUCAGUGAAGCUUCUGCGGCUGCUGCAGUGCUAUCCCCCACCAGAGGAUCCUGCUAUUCGAGGGCGUCUGACUGAAUGUCUUGAAACUAUCCUGAACAAGGCCCAGGAGCCACCUAAAUCAAAGAAAGUGCAACAUUCAAAUGUCAAGAAUGCAGUCCUGUUUGAGGCCAUUAGCCUCGUUAUUCACCAUGACAGUGAACCGAACCUCCUUGUCCGUGCGUGUAACCAGCUGGGUCAGUUUCUGCAGCAUCGGGAGACCAAUCUACGCUACCUGGCGCUGGAGAGCAUGUGGCUGCUAGCGAGCUCUGAGUUUUCUCAUGAGGCAGUGAAGGCACACAUCGAAACAGUCAUCAAUGCACUCAAGACUGAGAGGGAUGUGAGUGUGCGACAAAGGGCAGUGGAUCUCCUGUAUGGGAUGUGUGAUCGCAGCAAUGCCCAGCAGAUCGUGGCAGAAAUGCUGAAUUAUUUGGAGAAUGCUGAUUAUUCCAAUCGAGAAGAAAUUGUAUUGAAAAUAGCAAUUCUGGCUGAGAGGUACGCAGUGGACUACACAUGGUAUGUCGACACUAUCCUGAACCUGAUCCGAAUUGCUGGUGACUAUGUCAGUGAGGAGGUGUGGUAUCGAGUCAUUCAGAUCGUUGUCAGUCGUGACCAUGUGCAGGGGUAUGCAGCCAAGACUGUGUUUGCGGCCCUCCAAGCCCCAGCUUGCCAUGAGAACCUUGUGAAGGUGGGUGGAUAUAUCUUGGGAGAAUUUGGAAACCUAGUUGCUGGUGAUCCAAGAUCCAGCCCUUUAAUACAAUUCAGUCUGCUGCAUUCGAAGUUUCACCUGUGCAGUGUACCCACAAGAGCUCUCUUACUUUCCACUUAUAUCAAGUUUGUGAACCUGUUUCCUGAGAUUAAGUCGACCAUUCAAAGUGUGCUCCGCAGUGACAGUCAGUUGAGGAAUUCAGAUGUAGAACUUCAGCAAAGGGCAGUGGAAUAUCUCGGGCUCAGUUGUAUAGCAAGCACUGAUAUCCUGGCAACUGUGUUGGAGGAGAUGCCACCAUUUCCUGAGAGGGAAUCUUCAAUCCUUAACAAGUUGAAGAAAAAGAAGGAAUCCAGCAGCUUGGCCAACCUAGAGGUGGUGAAAAAGGAACAGAAUGCUGAUGUCAAUGGUAGCUCAGAACCCACAGUUCUCCACCCUAUGCCCACCGUAUUCCCAUCGACUGAUCUUCUGGGCCUUGGAUCCGUCCAUUUGGUGAACUCAGCCCCUACCUAUCCAUCUCAAGGUGGUUUGUUGUUGGAUGUAUUCCCAAAUGUGAGCCCUGUGGUGAUCUCGCAGAUCACCAGUGCUGAGGACAGUUUUGGAAGGUUUAUUUGCAAAAAUAAUGGCGUGUUAUUUGAGAACCUGCUUUUGCAGAUUGGUCUGAAAUCUGACUUUAGACAGAAUUUGGGUCGGAUGUACAUUUUUUAUGGUAACAAGACUUUGACCAAAUUUGUCGAUUUUACUUCAGUGAUUAUCUACCCGGGAAAUCUUUCAGCCAAACUGAAUGUUCAACUCAAGCCUGUCAGCCCCACACUUGAAGGUGGUGCCCAGAUUCAGCAGAUGUUAAACAUUGAGUGUAUCUCUGACUUUGUCGAGGUACCAAUCCUUGGGAUCCACUUCAGACAUGACGGUGUGCUACAGAACAUCUCUGUUAAGCUGCCUAUCACAGUGAACAAAUUUCUCCAGCCCACAGACAUGUCAUCUGAGGACUUCUUUCGACGAUGGAAGCAACUAAACAGCCCACAGCAGGAGGUGCAGCAGAUAUUUAAGGCAAAGUAUCCAAUCGAUCCAGAUGUGACCAAAGCAAAGCUAUUGGGAUUUGGUCUCGCACUUCUGGAUGGGGUGGAUCCCAAUGGUGCUAAUUUUGUGGGCACUGGAAUUAUUCACACGAGGAGCAUCCAGGUUGGGUGUUUGCUUCGCCUGGAACCCAACACUCAAGCUCAGAUGUAUCGCCUCACUCUGCGGGCUAGUAAAGAAUCUGUAUCAAAGAUGCUGUGUGAACUGCUGUCAGAACAGUUUUAAUUACCUGACCACUUCAACCCAUUGGACCAAUUUGAGGACUUGGACAGUUAUGCUAAUAUUUAACAGAUUUUAUGUGGAAACUAAUUAUUUUCCUUUAGUAUUAAUGAUGUUUUCUACUGCUGUACCUUCUUUUAUUUCUAGGACAGAAAAUGAGGGUGGGGGGGAGAAAAAGCUUUCUUAAACGAAUUUAAUCAAUGUUCACUUUUCCAGCUUACCUCUGCUUUAUUGUUACUGAGGUUUCUUUGGUUAAAGUGGAAAGGGUCUUGACUGAAUAUGACUCUGUCUCCAGAGUCUAUGUUCUGUUCAAACCCAGUGAGUGACCCUGUUUCACAGCUGCUGUGCCUUUGGUGCCAAGCAAAUAUUUCAUGAUACAUGUGAAUUUUCAGUCCCAGUAAAACACUAUUUAUUUACAGGAGUAGAGUCCAAUCCAGAUAUAGAGACUUGUUGGAGAAGGGAGGUAAGGUGUGUUAAAUUAGAAGAUGCUGUAAGUAGUUUUGAGAAUUCUGAGAAAUGUUUCAUCCAUCUUCAAAAUCCUGCAGCCCAAUGAACUGCAUCUAACCUGUGCUGGUGGAUGUAAUCCAUGGUCUUGUUCAUCCAUAUUGCAGACUUAUGAUUCCCAUCAACCCACCCCCAGUUACUCCGUUAAUUUAGCAUCAAAUUGAGCCCAGAGAUACAAGUACGGCAUGCCAGGUCAACUCACAAUCAAUCUUCAAACUUCAUGCUGCAGUUAACAGGAAUAAUGGAAGUGAAUCUCUUCAGAACAGUUUGAGCACUCUGUAGUCUAGGUGCUGAAGCCAAGAAGGAACCACUGACUGAUGUGGGACAACAGGCUGUAGUUAGGAAAGGGAUUGAGAUCCCAGAGCACGAAGGGCUGAGGAGAAUUAACUUGAGGUAAUUAAAAUUCUGAAGGGUUUUGAUGGUGACUGUGAACAGUGUUCUCGCCAGAUUUGAGAUAACAAGAACUUUUCAAAGGGAAGUGGUGAGGCUAAGUUUUUUUCUGAAAUAAGUUUUGAAGAGCGUGGAAUUUAUUUGUUGUGGAGUAGCAAAGGAAAAGGCAUAUCUUUUAGGAUAAAAAUGGAUAAAUAUGUGAAACAACAGAAUAUGAGAGUUUAAAGGGAAAGGUAUGGUGAUGGUUGGGAGGAGGUUAGUUUUGAAUUUGGCAUUGGCAAUAAAUGCUGAGUUUGUCAAGAAUGUCACUGAAGUAGGGGAAAUGCGUACUGUAGUGAAGCACCGACAUGACAGGAUGACACUUGUUCAAUUCCAGUGACAAAUGCCAGCACAAUAGAUUUGUAGGAAAUACUGUAGUCAGGGCAUGUUGCAGCUGUGUUUAUCAUUUCCAAGUUCUAGUUUGUUAAACACAUGGAAAGAAGUGGCAUUUUUCUUUUUUGUAUAUUGUCCCAUGCAUUUGCCGCAUUUUGACAGGUUUACAUAUUUACAACUGUUUAGAAAUUCUGCGUUACCAAGAUGCUUAACUGUUGUUACACUUGCUUCAGAAAUAACACUUUGUGUCAGAAUUAUUGUGUGUCAGAUGUCAGAUUUCAAAUGCACUUUCCUCUUGACCAGGCUCUAUGCGAGGAGGGAAAACAACUCUUGCAGCAAGUAGCUGCAAUUUGAAUAGCUUUUACUUCAAAAGGCAAAUGAACUUGUAACCUGAAUGUUUUGUUGUAAUA